GAACUUGAUUGGAACCUCCUUCCCUUUUCUCUGUCUAACCUUUUAGCAUGACUCAAAGUGAAGAAAGAUCCGAAUUUUUUCCUCGGAUUGCAGACAUUGCUGGUAGAACUCAUGCCGGAGAUGGGGAUAUCUCCGCUAGACCACUCGAAGAGAUCGAGUCUCUUUGCAUGCAAUGUAGGAAGCAGGGAGUGACGUGCAUGAUGCUCAUAUCAAUCCCGUUCUUCCAGGAAGUAAUUGUGAUGAGUUUCUGUUGCGAACAUUGCGGCCACUCAAACAAUGAGAUCCAACCAGCAGGGAAGAUCAGAUCUGCAGGCGUUAUGUACACAGUAAAAGUUCUUAACCGCGGUGACCUUGACCGCCAACUCAUUUGUUCCGAAACAUGUAGUAUCAAUAUUCCCGAGUUUCAGCUGGUUCUUCCGCCCCCCUGCGGGCAGCUUACAACUGUCGAGGGUCUUCUCCGGAAUACCGUUGCAGAUAUCAGCGUACAGCAGCCACACAUUCAAAAUAAGAACGCCUGCGCUAAAAUUCAGGAAAUCGUUGAUGGUCUCAAGGAGAUCAUUACUGAUGACGAAGAUGGAGACGAAGGGAAGGACACGCAUGAGAAGAGAGAACUUUCGAACGAGGAUCCAGUCACACAUGCAAUCUCCAUCACUCUAGAUGACCCAUCUGGGAAUUCAUUCCUUGAGUUUGUGGGCAGCAUGUCCGAUCUGAAGUGGAACAUGCGCACAUACGAGCGGUCGCUCGAGCAGAACCAGCAGCUGCGAUUGGUACCAUCUGCAGAAGACUCGGAAGAAAAUACAGCAGACAAGGGAAGACAGGAAUCUGAGGGUUUGAAUGAGGAAUUGUUCGAAUUCCCUGGAAUCUGCCCGCAUUGCGGACGACCACUCAUCACCCGCAUGAAAAAAGUUUCUAUCCCCUAUUUCAAGGACUCUCUUAUAAUGUCAACUAAUUGUGACGACUGCGGAUAUCGGGAUAAUGAGAUCAAGUCAGGGACUGCAAUUUCUGAGCAGGGCAAGAAGAUCACGUUGAAGGUUGAAGAUAAAGACGACCUUAGUCGCGACAUACUUAAAAGCAAUACGAGCGGUCUUAGCAUACCAGAGAUAGACCUAGUUCUUCACCCUGGCACACUAGGGGGACGUUUCACGACUUUAGAAGGCAUAUUAGAUCAGGUAUACGAUGAACUCACUGAGAAAGUCUUUAAUACAGGGGAUUCUGGGGUCAUAGAUAUCGAUGACAGGGCCGAGUUCCGGGAGUUCUUGAGAAAGCUUGAGCAGGUCAAGAAUGCUGAUAUUCCAUUUACCUUGAUUCUAGAUGACCCCUUGGCAAACUCACACGUACAGAAUUUAUAUGCACCUGAUCCAGAUCCAGAAAUGGAAAUCGUCUCAUACGAACGAAUGUGGCAGCAGAAUGAAGAUCUUGGACUGAAUGGCAUGAAUGUGGAAUCGUAUGGCGGUGAUGAUAUGAAGGGUGCUGAAAGUUAA